CUUAAAUGUGACUUUUGAAACAAUCAGUGACAACAGCAGCUAUUCUGAAGGCGAUACCAUAGUGGGCACAGUUAGUUUCAGGUUGAAAAAAGACGUCAAAGUCAAGAGCGUUUAUGUAAAAGCCAAAGGAGAAGCUAACGUAGAAUGGACAGAAGUAGGUGUACCUGUCGAGAGACUGCAAAGUGCGCACAGGAGAUAUUUCAAAGUGAAGGAAUACUUGGUUGCAGAAAAUCAUGAAGGGACUGUUCUUCCAAAAAGAGUGCACAUCUUUAAGUUCAGGCUCAAAAUCCCAGAGGGGAGGAUGCCUUCGUCCUUCAAGGGAAAACAUGGAAAUAUUGUCUACACCUUUGAAGCCAAGAUAUCUAGGAGCUGGCGACUGCCUUCGAAAGUACUAAAAGAGAUCAACUUUGUGUCAAAGUCCUGUCCACACACUCCUCAAAUGAUGUGUCCACAGUCCAGUUCAGUGCAUAAAAAGAUGAGUGGUCUCUCCAAGGGACAGGUCCAGAUCUGUGCUACCAUUAACAGAGGAGUUUGUUCUCCAGGUGAAACCUUAUCUGUUGUCGCCAAAAUCUGCAACUCCUCUUCCAAGAACAUGAGGCUCAAAUUCAAACUUCAGCAGGUAACGGUGUACAGUUGCCAGGACAACACUAAUAGCAGCAAGGAAACGCUGUUCAAAAUGGUCGGAGACACUAUCCGUCCAAACUCAGAGCAAACUGCCUCCUGCCAGCUGAAAGUUCCCAGUGAUGCCAUUCCCACCCUCCGUAACUGUGAAAUCAUCUCAGUUGAAUAUUACAUAAAGGUGUAUCUGGACGUUAGUUUUGCCCUUGACCCAGAGGUGGUGUUUCCACUGGUCAUCCUUCCUUCUAAAUUUGCUCCAACUCAGAGUCGUGAGGCUUUGGGGCCUGAGACAGUUGAGCCUCCAGCUUACAGCGAGUUCACAUCCUCUACUCUCCCCACUGGAUUGGAUCCUAUACUCACAGGGUCAGGUGUUUAUCAAUACUCCACCCCAGAUCCCACUCAGCAUGCAAAUAUAACAAGUGAUUGUAACCAGUGGCCACCAGGUGCUGUUUCACAGGGUUUUUCAGUUCCAGCUUUCAUAGCACCGUCUGUGCAACAUCCAGGCCCUACUGCUCUGCGUGGAGAAGAACCUCCACUAUAUUUGUCCAUUUACCAGCAUCAGAAUGAAUGAAUGACUGUAGAAGCUGAACUGGAUUUAUUAAGCGAAUAAGCCAAAAAUAAACUGUAAGCGAUUUCUUUAGUCACUGGAUAAUUGUUCAGACAUUUUUUCGUACUGAGAAAGUUACUUUGAAAUGAACUGAAUUUACUUUUUGGGAUUCCUUACCUGGAUGAUUGAGCAUGUGUCAAAACAUUUUGUAAAUCCUACAUAUGAAUAUAUUCCUGGUCCCAGACUGUCUCAAGAUGUACCAUAAUGUUUCUGACUCUUUGUGGGUAACAUGUAUCGGAAAAUGUGACAUAGAGCUGGGCUUUUAGGAGUUAUGGUGAACAACUCCAGCCAAAUUGACAUCCUCCACUGAUGUGUUGCCUACUUUUUGUGCUAGUAUUGUGUUUGUGUCACCCAUUGAAUAU